AUGCCCCGCCCUGCAUCGAUAGCUCGCACUCCGGCCCAUGCAUGGGACUUUGACUGGUAUCAAGCACCACGAUACAAGUCCCCACCUGCUCCCAUGGCAGAGACAAAAUCUCAAAAUAUCUGGUCCUAUGCAGAAAGGCAAUCAAGACCGAUCGACUAUAUGCACUGCCUCAGCCCAGCAAAAUUCAGCGAGCUCCUCAAGGCCAGUGUUAUACGCCAGGAUCUGCAUUCGCUAAGGGAGAGCGGCCAGCCCAGCUGCCACUGA